AAUGUGUUUGGGCUUUGCAUAGGAGCGGCGACGAUACUUGGUGUACUACUUGGAUUUUUACGGUCUCAUUUGCCUAGCCAAAGGAUCAAGGAGCUGGAAGAGCUACUUGAGGAAACCCAAGGCUUGUAUGAGUCUGCAGUAGAAGAUGGUCUUCUACCCGAUGUCAUGCUUAGAAGCCAAAUGGGAGAAAGACUUGUCGUCUUGCGCGAAGGAAUGUUAGAAUUGCGUUCCAGAGCAUAUAAUGCGACCACAUUGCUUAAGGAUUACCAAGAAUUCUUCAGAGGGCUCAGCUACGACAUUGGAGUCGCUUGUUGUGACAUGAAAGAGCUUCGAGCAUCAGUUAUCGUG